AUGGCUACCAACAAACCCACCACCACCCGAUUGGGCCUCGAAGCUAAAAAAGAGGAGAAUCUGGCAGAUUGGUAUUCACAAGUCAUUACAAAAUCCGAAUUAAUUGAAUAUUAUGAUGUUAGUGGCUGCUAUAUUCUCCGUCCAUGGUCAUAUGCUAUCUGGGAAGCCAUCAAAGAGUUCUUCGACCGUGAGAUUAAAAAAAUGGGGGUGGAAAACUGUUACUUCCCCAUGUUUGUGUCACAAGCAGCCCUCGAGAAGGAGAAAUCUCAUAUAUCAGAUUUUGCCCCGGAGGUUGCUUGGAUUACGAGAUCAGGGAAAACGGAGCUGGCAGAACCAAUUGCUGUUCGACCAACAAGUGAAACUGCUAUGUACCCAGCUUAUGCCAAAUGGGUCCAAUCACAUCGUGAUUUACCAAUCAAGCUCAAUCAAUGGUGCAAUGUAGUGCGCUGGGAAUUUAAGCACCCACAACCAUUUCUACGCACUCGUGAGUUCUUAUGGCAGGAAGGACACACAGCGUUUGCUAUUCGUGAGGAAGCCACAGACGAGGUCUUACAAAUUCUGGAACUCUAUGCACGAGUGUAUGAGGAGUUGCUUGCAAUCCCCGUGGUGAAAGGAAGAAAAACUGAGAAAGAAAAGUUUGCAGGUGGUGACUAUACAACUACAGUGGAGGCCUUUGUAUCUGCCAGUGGAAGAGCUAUCCAGGGUGCCACUUCACACCACUUGAGACAGAAUUUUUCAAAGAUGUUUGAGAUCGUUUUUGAAGAUCCAAUGAAACCUGGAGAGAAACAAUUUGCAUAUCAAAACUCUUGGGGAAUUACAACCCGUACAAUUGGGGUCAUGAACAUGACCCAUGGUGAUAACCAGGGAUUAAUAUUACCUCCACGAGUUGCUUGUGUGCAGGUUAUAAUAAUACCUUGUGGUAUCACUAACAACCUCUCAGAAGAGGACAAAGAAUCUUUAAUAAAGAAGUGCAGUCAAUAUCUUGACCGAUUGAUGAAUGCUGGAGUCCGUGCUCGAGCUGACUUGAGGGAUAAUUAUUCACCUGGCUGGAAGUUCAACCAUUGGGAGUUGAAAGGUGUCCCCUUCAGGCUCGAAGUUGGACCACGAGACAUGAAAAAUCACCAAUUUGUAGCUGUCAGAAGAGAUACUGCCAGUAAACUCACGGUUCCUGAGGGUGCUGCUGAGACAAAGUUGAAGAUUUUAUUGGAGGAAAUCCAAACCAAUCUUUAUAACAGGGCUGCACAGGAUUUAAAGGACCAUAUGGUUUUGGCUGACACAAUGGAACAAUUUCAGCAGGAGUUAGAUUCAGGAAAGAUUGUGCAGAUUCCUUUUUGUGGUAGCAUAGAAUGUGAAGACUGGAUCAAGAAAACAACAACUAGGGAUCAGGAUAUUGAGCCUGGAGCACCAUCCAUGGGAGCCAACAGCCUGUGUAUCCCUUUCAAACCUCUUCGUGAAUUACAGCAUGGAGCCAUGUACAUCAGUGGCAAAGAGCCUGCUCAACAUUAUGUACUUUUUGGGCGUAGUUACUAAUGAAGAUGUGAAUAGUGGGAAAAUCAUGUCUUUGUCUAUAAAUGUUUUUAUAAGACUAAAAAAAA